AUGGUCCCCUACGGUUUUGAUUUGAGGUUGAUAGAUAUAAAUCGAACUUGUAAAGUAACAAAGGGAGGUCAAGUGGUCAAGUACACCGUUUUGAUGGUGUGUGGAAACGAUCAUGGUGUUGUUGGAUAUGCAAAAGCCAAAGCUGACGCAGUCCCUAUUGCAGUCCAAAGGGCACAUGAGAAAUGCUUUCAGAAUCUUUACUAUAUUGAACGACACGAAGAGCACACUAUAGCCCAUGCAAUUCAAGAAUCAUAUAAGAAGACUAAGGUCUAUCUCUGGCCUGCACCAACUGCAUCGGGUAUGAGAGCUGGAAGAACUGUUGAAAACAUUUUGCUUUUAGCUGGCUUUAACAAUAUCAAAUCAAAGGUAUUGGCUCAAGGAAUCCUCACAACACUGUCAAGGCUGUUUUUAAAGCCCUCAAUGCAGUUAAACACCAAAAGACAUGCAGGAGAAGUUUGGGAGAGCGGUUGUUGA